AUGUCGAACGAAGUUACCCGAAGGCUGACUAGGUUUCUAGACAAUCCUUUGGAACAAACGGGUUUUCGAUCUCUGGAAAGAUUGGAGCUGACAAGGCGACUUGGAAGCAUCGAACACGUCAGUUUGUCACAUUUACGACAAUCGUGCCUGACUCGCCUAAGUUGUUACACGCAUUUUUUCUUGGCCACCCUGUUGUUAAACAGCACACUGGAGUUGGUGUGACCAACAGUAUCACAGAGUGCGUCAAAAUCUACGACAUAAAUAGGUCACAGUACCUUGGCGGUUCAUUCGACGGUGCAUAUUAUUACUGUUAUUUUGGUUUCGAGGGAAACAAGAGGAAACACCAUGACUGGGACCCGCUUCACAAAGCUGGACUACAAGACAUCCAUAUAAGGAAAGAUCCAACAUUUGAAUGGUUAGUUUCCACCACGAAGAUCAUUGGAGAAGUAUUUAAGGUUGUGAAUUAUGGUAAAGAAUUCGAGCACCUCUUUUCCGUAGCCAAGGAAAUGAAGGAGAGCGGAGAAGCUGACAUCAGUUUCAAAACACCCGAAUUAUUUUCCGAGACAAGGUUUGCGAACCAUGCAAGAAAGGUAUACGUCAGUUUCCGCGAAGAUUUCCCUGCCAUCAUACGCACCUUGGAAGAAGUUCAGCUUGAAAACAUGGAAGGAAACAGUGACGACAGGAAGAAGGCAACCCACGCAAGUGAUCUCUUAGACAAGAUACUGAACACGCGGUUUACUGUGAGACUUUCUGGACUUUGUGAUAUCUAUGAAGUUUUUGGUCAUGGCGUCAACAUCCUUCAGACUGUUGAUAUGCUGCCACAUGAUAAAUUUGACCGAUUUCACUCAGUUGUGAUCGGUAAAUUUAAUUCGAUGACUGCAUCUUUAGACCAUGCUACAUGUAUCAGCUCUUAUGGUUCUAAAUGUCAAUGGCCAACGCUCCACCGUGAUUUAGAAGAAAUCAAAACAAUUGGUUCAUAUCGAGGCAUUCCCAUGGCACAGUCAUAUGGUGAAGAAAUCAACACACGGAUGGGAGAAAGAAGAGCUGCAAGAAAUGCCCGAGAUGAGCAACAAGGUAUUGUCAUAAUUGUCAAGGCACAACAGGAUUUACAAAAGCUAGUACAAAGAAUGUAUGAAUGUCUUCACAACAAGGUGUAUCAUGAAGGCGACAAAUCAAUGCUAAAAACCUUGAGACCAAUCAUUGAUCUAAGUUCAUUAGCUUUAAAGGUUAAACAGAAGAGUGCUGCACAUGUCUUAGCCUUGGAUGGAGAACAGUUCACCAAAGUCUCGAAGCAAUUGGCAACUAAUAUUGAUGAUGUGCCAGAUAGCGAAAUUCGUAUUCAGUUUCGAGAGUUUAUCAGGAGACUCGAUGUUGCGCAACUCAACGAAGAGGAUCUAUGCAGCAUCAAGUUAAUUAAAGUUUUCUUAGAGACCGAAAGGAAGUUGUAUGUCGAUAUUGAAAUGGUAAUGCAUGUUAUUUGA